AUGCUUGUGAGAGAGCGUUUCGGGGACAAAUACGGAGGCCACCCUUCACGUCGAGGAUUCGCAACCUCAUGGCCACAGUUUGACGUUGAUUCAAGGCGGUGUCGAAAAGCACCGCUGACCAGUUCCAAAGAACCCUCUGGAGGGCUGAGACACAGGUCUCCGCAACUCCCAGCCUUUUCCAACAGCUCAAGAGUGCUUGUGGCAACCCUCAUCCAGAGCAGCUUUGUGCGUCUCGUGUUGUUCGUCACACCUCGUCAUCAUUCCUUGACUGCUGCCUGUUUUCGUGUUUCCCCCCCCAAAAAUUCUAGAGGCCAGCAGAUGACAAAUGGAGGCCAACACACCCGAGGCCAGGCGCAGGAACAUUCAGCCAUAAGCAAACAGAACAAGAAACCUCCCGAACGCCCUCUUGCGAAUGACGAAACACUGCAUCGCUCACGAGAAACUCAAGAAAUGUCAAGACUCAUACCUCGCCCAUUGCCACCACCAAAAAGGCCCCCCUGCUUGCCUUUGCGUCUUCCCUGA